AUGUCCGACGCUGCGGGAAAAGGUGGUGGUGGCGGUGGAAAAGGAAGCGGCGGAAGAGGAAAAGGCAGCUCGAGUGCUUCAAGCAAGUCAUCCUCUGCUUCGGCGUCUCGUGCUAGCAAGACUCCUCAAAGGGCUAAAAACAAGUCUCGAUCGACGAAUCCGUCUCCCGCUUCGGCACCGCGUGUUGAUUGGACGCCUCAAAGUGCCGGAAAUGUGUCUCGAUCAACAAAUACAUCCUCUGCUUCGGCGCCUCGUGCUAGUAACACUCCUCAAAGGGCAAAAAACAAGUCUCGAUUGACGAGUUCAUCUUCUGCGUCGGCAUCGCGUGGUAGCAGGAAUUCUCGAAACACUGGAAACGCAUCUCGAUCAACGCAUAAACAAAAAGAAAACAAACCCUUGACGAAUUGUCCAUGUCCUACCAAGCCCGCCAACCCUCGGGUCAAAUGUGUUCCAUUCCGCCCAAUCUCGAGGCCAAGAUUGAUUCCCGAGCGCGUUUCUGCGCCUCCAACGUUGCCUCAAACAGCCGUUUCACCCUUACAUUCGCAACUUUCUACAGAUAAUGAUGAAAUGUGCAUCAUGGACCUGCCUCAUCCUGUGACAUCGAGUGGCACUCGAUCUGAUCUCGUUCAUCCGGCAACAGCAACUCGUGCAUCGACCAGUGACCCAAUUUUAGCCAACAUCAAAGGACCACUAACCAUUCGGACACGCCGUCGCAUGGGACGCCAGCCUCAAAGUGGAGACAUUUUUGUAGAAGAGACAAUUGACAUCCUUGGCGCCAACGAUCCAUCAGCAACAGUGGAACAAGUGAAGGGACGACCGAUUCAGCAAGGUGCUCGUGAUUUCAAGGUUAACAAUGAGAAUGGCAAAAACAGCCCGAGUGUUGGUGGAGGAGCAGUGAUCGCAGCGGGAAUCGCUCAACUUCAGUUUGCCGUUCAGCUUCCCAGUCAAGGACCUCUCGAUUUCACCUGGGAUCAACAAUUCACUACCACUCAAGAUGCCCAACCAAUUCUCGUCGAUUUUACUCAAAGACCUUUGGAGGUCCAGUCGAUCAACGCCAUAAAUAAAAAUGAUUUGACGGGACCGGUGAACAUUGCCUUACACUUGAAUUCGACUCGAGGUGAAGAGACGCCCAUUAUGACUACCACUCAAACAACUGCUCAACCACAAGCGGCACCACCAUCCAACUGCAAUGUUCCAUCCUCAGCAAAUACUCUUAUUCGAAAUGCAAUCGAAAUUCGUUUUGGAGAGUCAAAAGCUCUUCCUACUACGGAAUUGCGCAAGAAGGUGCCCAGCCUGGCGAAGAACCUCGGUCAUCCACAGAUUCGUGAACGCGUCUUUUUCGGCGAUGGAGUGAUUCGUUUGGACCGAGACAUGCUUAUUCGCCCUGAGGAUGGUGUCGGAGAAAUGAAGGAAGACGUACGCACAUAUGACUUCGUUCCAGCGACUCUUCCGGCAAUGGGUGAACGACGCUUCUCGAUGGCCCCAUACUCGGAAUUGUCCGGCUUUCCAUCACUCUUGAAUAUCCACGGCGAACGUGCUCGCACAAGAUCACCUAUCGUGAACGCUCGAGUGAGCACGGGAAGUACCAGAAGCAGCAGCACCUCCUCGUUGGCUACGGCAAUUCCAUAUCGAGCAGACGGUCCAAUGAAUCGCACAUCGAUUUGCCCAACAGCCUCCUCACCUUCUGUGCAAACGGCUCGUUCUCGUGAAAGUUCGUUGUCGGCAACAAGUGGUCGCUCAUCUCGUUCCAAGCUUCAAAUAGCGCCAUCCAAUCAGAAAAAAGUGUCUGCUCGAACGGGUGUCUCAAUGAAUCGCCUUGAAAGGGCUCAAUCGACACCGCCUCCAUUUGUUUCAAGACAACAACCUGCUAAAACAUCUACGGAAGUAUCAUCUUUGGAGAGUUCUGCUCUAGUAACGGCUCAACGUCCUUCAAGUGGAAUGUCUAGUUCGGCCUCUAUUGCUACGGAUCCCACUCAAGCAUCGAUGAUAGCUUCUUUCAAAACUCCUCCCCGUGGACAGUGGUCAACUCCGAUGCUUGAUCGUUACGCUCCAGCCACCCAUUCCACUCCUCGCACUAGAAAUUCUUUGUCGACUCCAUCUAGCACAGGAACCGCUCGUUCAAUUGGCCGAAGCACGCCUCAAUCUCGAAAGCAAUCUCAAGCGACUCCAACUCGCAGCCAAACCGUCGCUACGCCGCGUUGUUACUCACCAUACACAAUAAAUCAACGUCAAGCAUCGGGUCACCGUUCCCAUCGUGGUGUUACUCAAUCAGCUGGAAAUCGAUCCGACCAUGGUCAUAAAUCCAGGUCGGGAAAAUCUUCAAAGACGAGUCGUUCCUCGAGACAUCCGACUGCUUUUAAUAUCGUUAAUGGCGAGCGGAUGUUCAAGCGUGGAAAUACUCCUGCAAAGCCCGCUACCGAUGGCUCGACCACCCAUAGCAUCUCGGCGAAUCGUAUGGCAAGAAAAGCUCGUUCUUGUAGGAAGCUAUUCAGUCCAGAUUCGAAUACAAAGUCAAGAGAUUUGAAUGCUACUUCAUCAAAUGCAACUACAAAUUAUAAUGGAAUUUCGGCUAGUGCACUUUCGACUACAGGUAUGGAAGCCACUACAAUGAUUGAAGAGCCAGUGAAUCGCCUAGCAAAACCCUGCUAUCGUCGUGAGCCUCAUAGACAAUGCCGUGGAUGUGGAAAGCCGCUCACUCAAAAGAAGAAAUCAACAGCCUCGGCGGCACAGAAUCCUUCAAUUCAAAUGCUUGAGACUGAUUCAAAUGCUUCAAAUGGUGGUGGAGUGCGCUUUAAGGUUAAAAUGCGCUUCGAUUUCAGCGAGCUGCUUAAACAGGAAAAGAUGCCAUCAUUUGAGCCAUCCACCUCCGCCUCAUCUCGUUCAAAUCAAAUUGGUGCAAGUGCUGUCGUCUGUUUGCCCCCUGGAGUGAUCCCCGAGAAGGCGACGAUCAUUGGAAUCGCACCAAACAACGACCCAUCGAAA